AUGGAUCGACUCACGAAUACGGUGGGAGGGUUACAGCAGAAAUUACAGUUACUGGAGAUUCUGGUGGCAGAUCGCUGGCUUACUAGCGUCCAAGCACAAGAGCUGGUAGCAGCAUUCCCUAACGCAGUAAGAGCUCGAGCUCGAGCGGCUUGUCUGGUUUUCUCUCGUAUCGUCGAUCUCGAGAACUUUAUCCACAUAUUCGACGGAUUGUCGUUAGAAGACCAAGAAGAAUGCGUUAAGCGACUGGGCUGGCUAAAUCUCUUAGAUCCACUACAGCCUGAUCGACAAUAUCCACCAUUGAAUUUGAGUAUCUACGAUGAGCGUGAACUCGUACAAAUACUGGCACAACUCGCUAUGUCUGUCCUUCCACCGCCUGGAUGGGGUCGCGCUGACGCUGUGGGCCCCGAGAGUGUGAAACACCAUGGAGCGGUUUGCUUCCAUGCUGAGCGACUUGCGUCGCGUGAUCGCGUGUUAUGCGGCUCAAGACUUUUCCUCUAA